CUUCGUAAGACGGAACCAACGCGAAUCUUGGCAGCACUGUGCCGCGAUUGCUCAAUGCUGUGACACGGUCGGUCAUUGCCACACACGGAAAUAAUUAAAUAUUACAACUUAAAUUCGAAUUACGUGUUCGUGUAUAACAAAUAAAAAAGAAAUUCGUCUUAAUAAAAUAUUUUACUAGCCAGUGAAGUGUGAUUGUGUUGAAAAAGUGUUCGAAAUAACUUUUUGUUUGGUGUUUUAAAACAGUGAAGUGUUUCAAGAUGAGUAAUUUUACCAAGUUUAUCAAAACUUCGCCAAUCACCGAUGACUACGAGAUCUCAAACACAGUACUCGGCCUUGGAAUCAACGGAAAGGUGGUGGAAUGCAAAGAGAAGUCGACAGGAGCUAAGAGGGCCCUCAAGGUGCUGCACGACAACACCAAGGCAAGACGCGAGGUGGAACUGCAUUGGAGAGCACGCGGCUGCAUACAUAUUGUCCAGGUUAUAGACGUGUAUGAGAAUUCGUAUGGUGGCCGUGGCUGUCUGCUGGUGGUGAUGGAGUGUAUGGAUGGAGGGGAGCUCUUCCAGAGGAUACAGGACAACAGAGACGGUGCUUUCACAGAACGACAAGCUGCUGAGAUUAUGCACUCAAUUUGCGUAGCAGUGCGUCACCUCCACGACUCAAAUAUUGCUCACCGAGACAUCAAACCUGAGAACUUGCUGUACUCGAGCACCCAACCUAAUGCUGUUCUGAAACUAACUGACUUUGGUUUCGCUAAAGAGACCUUGACUCCUGCCGAUACCCUUCAGACACCAUGUUAUACUCCGUACUACGUGGCUCCUGAGGUUCUAGGGCCAGAAAAAUACGACAAAUCCUGUGACAUUUGGUCCCUUGGUGUGGUGAUGUACAUCCUCCUGUGUGGUUUCCCACCGUUCUACUCCAACCAUGGACUCGCCAUAUCACCUGGAAUGAAAAAGCGUAUCAGACUAGGACAAUAUGAUUUCCCUGAGCCAGAGUGGUCAAAUGUUUCUCCUGAGGCUAAGAAUCUCAUCCGAGGCAUGCUGUCUGUCGACCCCGCUAAGCGAUUGACUAUUCAACAAGUGAUGUCAAGCCCAUGGAUCCGUCAGUUCACCCAGGUCCCGCAGACUCCUUUAUACACCCAUACGUUACUUCGCGAGAGCGGGGAGGUCUGGGCGGACGUUCAGGACGAGAUGACCCGUUCCCUCGCCACCAUGCGAGUGGAUUACGAUCAGGUUCAAAUCAAAGCGUUGGAACAGAGCAAUAACUCUUUACUCAACAAGCGGAGAAACAAAGUGGGCGCCUGAUGCUCCUGCCGACACCGUCCAGAUACGCGGCGUGAAUAUAUCAAGUGAACAAUAGUGAAUUAUUCAAACUUUUUAAUUGUAAAAGUGAUUGAAUGUUCGUGCAAUUUUUCUUCUUCGCACUUUAAUGUAGGACAACGCCAUCUAGUUUGUGGAGGUGGAACUUUUUCGGUGUAGUAUUUUCGCACUGUCAUUUUUUGUUCUUUGUAGGUGAUAAUAAAGUGAUAGUUUUAAAAAGAUUUUCUGAGAGAAAAAUGACCGAAUAAUAACAUACGAAGCUUUACUGUAAUACAAAAUCAAGUUAUAGCCUAAGCUGUUACAGAACAUUACGCCACUAACGCCAUCUCUGGAACAGAAACCGAAAACUUUA